AUGACUUGCACCCUUAGAGACCUCAAUUCUCUUCUUGAGAUAUGUUGUAGAUGCCCUGCCCAUAAUCCUUCAACAGCAUUCGCACCAACAACAAAGGUGCGGGUUUCCAGCGAUGUCAGAGGAAUUUUUGCACUUCCAGUUCAGAAAGACCACAAGCCAUACAAUGGUCUAUCUCCUGAACAUUUGGAGACCAUGAAAGCUGUCUCCCUGAUGCUGGACGCUGCUGGGCCGAAGCUAGAGGAUGGCAUUUCAAAGGCUAAGGAACUUCUAGAAGAACGCAUUAAUCCGGAGCUGAUGCGUGACGCGCUGGGUAUAUACCUCACUCACUCAAAGGAUGCUCAACAACGCAAGAUCUUCCCUCCACCGUUGAAAAACCAUCCAUUCUUCUCUACCAAAACUCGACGGCCGGCAAAUGUGGCUGGAGAAAUCUGUACAGCUGACACACUUCACGGCCAUGCACUGUUGUCGUAUUGGCGCGACGACUACGACUUGAAUGAUUCGCAUUAUUAUUGGCACAUGGUAUAUCGCGGUGCUGGCGGGGAUAACUCCAAGAAUGUAGGGGACUUUGACCGCCAUGGGGAGGUAUUCUUGUACGUACACUCGCAGAUGGUGGCUCGGUACGAGACUGAAAGUCUUUGCUGGAGCUUGCCUCUCGUGAGGCCGUGGAAUCAGUACGACGACUUUCUGGAAAAUGGUUACGCCCCUAUCAGUUCUCUGAUCGAGCACUAUGGGGGCUACCCGCCGUUUUCCACCUGGUACUCGAUCAGGAAUCCGGACAUGCCGGAUACUCUGAACGUGACAAUUCCCCGCGCUCGGCUGGAAGAGUGGCGAGACAACAUUUACGCGGCGAUCAGGAAGGGUCAAUUCGAAACUACCAGUAAGGACAAGCCACUUGUCCUUACCAGGGACAAUUGUCUCAACUUUGUUGGUGGUAUUCUCGACGCGCAGUACCCCUCCUUGAACAAGCUGCUGGGCGGCUGCUCGCUUGAUGAAGAGCGAUAUGGGAACCUUCACAACUAUGGGCUCGGCAAGUUUGCUGAAAUGGCAUACCGUAACAAACCGGGCGAAAAGAGCCCUUAUGGCCUGACGAUCUCCAACUUCGGUGCCCCCCGAGAUCCUUGUUUUUGGCGCUGGUACAAACACCUCCAGUAUUAUGGUCGACUUGCCGCGACAAGAUAUCCUCAGGACAUUACGGCUCACCGCGCUGAAGUCGUGUUGUCGAACCUGGUCGUAAGGCUUCAAGACAGAAGUUCGCCUCACUAUCUCGAUGGACAUAUUACGACCUUUCUUGGGCCACCUGCAGUGAAUUUCAUGGAAAGCAAAGCGAAGCUUGGUCAUGAGCCUUAUGAAUGGAAUGUACAAGUGAAGAGCUGCCGCAGAAGUCCACCAUCCAAGGAGAACCCCCAAACCUUAACACUGAGGCUAUUCAUUGCGGCCGAGGAUCUCAUGAAUGACUACCACAGCUGGAUCGAGAUGGACAGGGCCACAGUGCAGCUCACUGACGAGUCUGCCAUCACCAAGGUGCGUCUGGACACGGACUCUUCAGUUGCCCGGAAGAUGGGCAACUACGGUGAGCCUGAUCCGCGCUACGCUUCUGCGGUGUUUCGUCAUGGAUGGCCGCAAAACCUGAUGCUUCCAGUAGGUAAGGUUGAGGGAAUGCCGUUCGUCGCUUUCUGCAUAGCGACGGACGACGGGAUUCCAGAUCCAGCUCCGGCCCCGCCUUUUCAUCAUUACCACGAUCCCCGGGGCAUGGGAUACCCAUUUAAUCGAGCAUGGACGCAGUUGACCGAAGAUUCAACGGGUAAGGCGUCCAUCCGAACUAUUAUCUCAAACGCCGAGCUAUAUCCGUUCAUUACCAGUACUACAUUCAAGAUCUACCGCACGACCAAGUUCGAAACCAAGCAAAUCAUCCAACCUACAACUGUAACAUGGUUUAACACAAUUAGAGGUUACUUCAAAGACGCGGAUAGAGCCUGCAUGCGCAGCGAAUAUGGAUACGAUCUAUACAACUAUGAUCAUGUUAUGCUGCACGCCGAUGCCAUACUAGAUGCAACGGCCAGCAAACGCAUGCCGCUGCAAAUGGGUAAGUAUACUCAGGACAAUCCGGAUCCUGAACAUCCGCUCUGGACUGUUAAGAUGUGCGAGAAUUUUCGUGCUUGGUUGUUGAAUGGGUGUCCAAAAGGGACGGACCCGGCUUAG